AGAUCAGAUGAGCGGCCGGGUAACGCCGAGGAAGCGGGGGAUGCGCAGUCGGUCGGCGAAAAAAACGGUCCGGAUAAAAAAAGAAAACAAUGAUAAUAAUAAAAUAUAAAUAGCCGCAGAUUGUAAUAUAAUCAGAGACUAAACGCGGCUCGACGAUUUAUCGACGGCCGACCCCCUACAGCUCCUCCUCUCUCUCUAUACGCUGUAUGGGAAGUUAAAGGUCACUGCGCGCUCCCGUUUUUUGUUCUUGGAUAAAAAAAAAAAGAAAGAAAAGAAAAGAAAAAGGCCCGCGGAUAUUCGCGAGCUCCUGUUUUUAUUCCCGUGUUUUGACGCAAAUAAAUGGGUGAUUACGGCUUCGGCUUGUUACAGACAGCGAGUCUCGACAGCGGCAGCGCACUGUUCGGCGCUUUCAGAUCGUCCUACUCGAGCCUCUCCCCGGUCACCGGUGACCUCCUCCUCCCCGCCGCGUCUCUGCAGUCUGUCUCGCGCAAAAGCAGCAGCGCAGCAGCGUCCCCGCGCUCACCGUCGGCCGCCGCGCCCCGGCGAAACAUGCAGGAUGAGCUCGCGGGGGUGACAGCCUCGCGGCGUCAGGUCGCGUCCACCGAGUCGAGCGACGAGGCCGGAAACGCGGCGGCCGAGCGAUCGCAACCCACCGGCGGCGACCACGGGAACGGUCAUCCCCACACGGACUACGACUUCAGCGACUAUAAGGCCGGACAAGGCCGCUUCGGUGCUGUCGCGUCACUGCGUGACCUUGAGAGAGAAAGGAGCGACAAUCCGCACGCAGACUCCGAGUGCGCCCCCGAAGGCCCCGGUCAGCUCCCGGAAGACGCUCUGACCGAUGCUGCGACGCCCUCGAGUGCAUCCGUGAGUCCCAACAAGGUCCAGAUCCGAAUGGAGCCCGCAAGUGCGCAUCUCGCAGCGGCCUUUACGAGCCUCCCGCAUCAUGAGACCUCGGCUGCUUCCCCCUCCCUCCCCGGGUUCGGUGCACCGUGGUCCGUGCACACGAGCUCCCCCCCGCCGCCGGUAUCCAACAACGGGAGUCACAUCAUGCCUGGUACCGAGCCCGAUGGAGGAUUCUACCCAGGAAUCCCUUCCUCGGUGAAUCCCGGCUUCUUCCAGAGUUUCUCUCCCGGUGUGAACGCGCACGGGUUCGGCGCUCCGUUCUCGCCGCAGAUGGGCGGCGCUCCGCCGCAGCACGCGCCCAGCCGCCGCUCCCCGCUCAGCCCGCAGCACGGCACCUUCCUGCAGCAGAGGAACAGCUACAACCAGCAGCAGCCCCUGAUGAAACAGUCUCUGUGGGGCAGCAGUUGGAACUCUCCGGGCGUGUCCUGGGGCAGGGACCAUCGAGGGCGCGGCGUCGGCAUGGCCGUGCCCGUCUCGCUCAGCCAGAUCUCGCCCAUGAAGAAGCCGUUCAGCAGCGGGAGCGUCAUCGCCCCGCCCAAGUUCCCACGCUCCGGAGCUUCGCUCGGCCCUAAGACCUGGAGCGACGACAACGUGUUCCGCACCGACAACAACAGCAACACACUGCUGCCUCUGCAGGACCGGAGCAGAAUGUACGACAGUCUGAACAUGCACUCGCUGGAGAGUUCUCUGAUCGACAUCAUCCGGGCCGAGCAGGAGCCUCUGAAAGGCCGCAUGGGAUGCCCACAUCCUGGCGCCGAUGGCCUGCUCGUGCUCAAUGGACGCUCCUCCCUGUUUCCGAUAGACGACGGUCUCCUUGACGACGGGCACGGUAACCAGGGCGGAGUUCUGGGAUCUUCCGGUUAUCCGCAUCAGAACGGAGAGCGCAUCGAGAGGUUCUCACGGAAAGUGUUUGUGGGCGGCCUGCCACCCGAUAUAGACGAAGAUGAGAUCACCUCCAGUUUCCGGCGGUUUGGUCACCUGGUGGUUGAUUGGCCACAUAAGGCAGAGAGCAAAUCUUACUUUCCUCCAAAAGGUUACGCCUUCCUGCUUUUCCAAGAGGAGACCUCAGUGCAGGCGCUGAUCGAAGCCUGUCUGGAGGAGGACGGCAAACUCUACCUGUGUGUGUCCAGCCCCACCAUCAAAGACAAGCCCGUCCAGAUCCGCCCGUGGAACCUGAGUGACAGUGAUUUUGUGAUGGACGGCUCGCAACCUCUUGACCCGCGUAAGACCAUCUUCGUAGGCGGAGUGCCCCGUCCUCUGAGAGCAGUCGAGCUGGCUAUGAUCAUGGACCGUCUGUACGGCGGAGUGUGUUACGCCGGGAUCGACACCGACCCUGAGCUGAAGUACCCGAAAGGGGCAGGCCGAGUGGCCUUCUCCAAUCAGCAGAGCUACAUCGCCGCCAUCAGCGCCCGAUUCGUCCAGCUGCAGCACGGAGACAUCGACAAGCGGGUGGAGGUGAAGCCGUACGUUCUGGACGACCAACUGUGUGACGAGUGUCAGGGGGCGCGCUGCGGAGGCAAGUUUGCGCCCUUCUUCUGCGCCAACGUCACAUGUCUGCAGUACUACUGCGAGUUCUGCUGGGCGAACAUCCACUCCCGUGCCGGCCGAGAGUUCCACAAGCCGCUGGUCAAAGAGGGAGCCGACCGGCCGCGCCAGAUUCACUUCCGCUGGAACUAACGAGCGACGAGGAAGUGCACGCGCCUCGAGCCUGCGCUAUCAGUAUAGAGCACCUAACAGUAUACAGUAUAUAGAGAUCUAUGGAAAUAUUUAUCUUUAUCUUUUGUAGCAGCCAGAAACACUACAUGCCUCAUUUGUUUCACCAAAUCAUACACUUUUGCUCCCUUAACCUACCCUCAGUCCCUACAUCUCAGGCUUUUGUGGUACUUUGUGGUGUUUGGUUUAGUUUUUAAAAAGGAAAUUAACCGAAAAGAGAUUUGUAGGUUUUUUUUUUUUUUUUCCCGAAUUAUUUUUAUAUGUCAGAUUUAACAAGUAGAUAUGAGAAUGUCUUUCGCAUGAGAGGGCAGUUGUCUGUCUGUCCGUCUGUCUGUCUGCUGCUAAACAACCCCACCUCCCUCCCUCCCCAGUGGGUAAAGUGCGCAAUUGUCUCUGGAUAAACACUUGAUGAUGUAAUCCGGGGGAGCCGCACCGUCGUGGUGUAAGGGUGUAAGCGCUACAGCGGGGAAAAUCGCGAACCCGUGCUGAGCUACUAGUGUAGAAAUCUGUAAGCUCCCCUGCUCGAAUAGAUGCCUGCCAAGGGUCUUUACCAAAGGUAGCGAAAGAAAACAAUCUCCUCGCCUUUAUUUAGUAAAUUCUGGAAUGGUUUCGGGGGGAAAACAAAUAUCGAAUUUAUGCAAUUUUUUUUAGCUUAUUUCAAAUAUAGUCAAUCAGCCAAGUCCAAAAUAUCAGACGUUUGAGGCGGUUUAUUCUUUAUUGUUUACACAAACAAUAAACCGUUAUCUUGCCGCCGUCUUAGACAACACUUUUUUUCCCUUUACCACAAUUUGUUAUCGUUCAUCCCCCUUUGGUUCCGCCUCCUAAAGUUUGAGAGCGUAAUUGUAACUGGACAUUAUGUAACGGACGUUAUGUACGGAUUUAUUCCUUUUAUACUACAGACAGAAUUUUAUUUACUAAAGAAUGACAUUGUGCAUUUUUUCCCAUAUAUAUUUACGUAGCGUCGCCGAACGUAGACGAAACAAGUUAGCACGUGUCAUCACUUACGUCAUAGCGGCUGUAAAUGUAAGUCGUUCCCUUAUAAGGCAAAAGAUAAGCCAAAAAAAAACAACAAAAACGCAUCUUUUUUUUCGUAACCCGUAAAGCAGAAAAUUGUCGUCGAAAGUGAAUCACCUCCUGAGCGAUCAGAUUUGAUAAUUCAGUAGGUGUGGUGUAAGUGGAUGAUAAAGUUUUUCCGUUUUAAACUAAAACCUAUACGUUCUGACUUUUUGUGUUACUUUUGGUUCGAACAUGCCUUGGCUGAUCGACUUCGUUUGCGAUAAAAUAAAAAUCUCUUCCUUUAAUAGUUAAAAUCCGAAAAAUAUCGAGUCACUCUAUCAUUGACCCGCUGGAAGACUAAUACCUCGCAGUUUAAUCGUGAGCUACAUAUAUAAAACGAAACGCUUUGCUGCUAUAAUGAAUAACUAGACGUAUUAUUGCGAUAUGUAACGGCAUCUUUAACUACAAACGUUAACAAUUACAAUCGAAAUGCAGCGUGCGCUCUCACACGGCCGUGGAGGAAGGGAAUGUGAAACCGUACAUGCAUGUGUGUGUGUGUGUGUGUGUGUGUGUGUGUGUAUUUGUGCGUGUCUUUGCACCUGUUUCCAAAAAAGACACAUAAAGAUUCGUUUUAUCGAUCACUUACACUACGUAGCAUGAGAGAUUUCGAAAAGGCUCUCAAGUACAAGAUAAUCUCAAUAACGGCGAGCAUAAAGGAAUAUCGUGUUGAAAAUGCGUACUAAAAACCGUUGCAUGCUUCGAUAUUGUAACUUUCUUUACACAAAUAGCGUCAUUAGCGUCGUCGGUUAGCGCCAUUUAGCGGUAUCGCUUCGUGAAGAAGCAGUGUGCCGUCCAGUGCUCUCGUACGUCUUGUGUGUGUGUAGUGUGCGUUCACGUUGGCGUUUAGUUUAGAAAUUAUGUAGAUAGCGGAACGUUCGAAUAUCUCUACCUUCAGUGCCUGCUACUCACGCAGGUCAGCUGUUGCUAAGCUAAACACGAUGUAUAAUACCACACAGAUGCGUUCAUGUAUCCAAAAUACUAAGUUUUUUUGUUUGUUUGUUUGUUUUUUUACCAGAAUUCAUUGAAUAUUGAGUCAUAUUCAAUAGGUAGAUGAUUUUUUAUUUAUUUAUUUAUUUUUACCACACAGAAGAGCUAUUUAUAUUCUGUAUUAUGUAAUGCUACCGGAAUUCAUGCUAACGUGUAAAGAUAAUCGAGAAAGCUUGUUUUCUGUAGUAGUAAACUUGACUCAUUGAAUACUGAGUCAAAAGAAGAAUCGCAAGAAAGAUAAAAGAUUAUAACUAGCAUUUUGAGUAGCCCGCUGAUGUUUUUUGUUUUUUUACCACACAGAUGAGCUAAUGUAUCCAAAAUGCUAGGCUUUAUUUUCCCCCCAGAAUCCACGUUAACACUGUCUAUAAAACUUUGUUGUUCACUGGAGCAGUAAACUCGACUCAGUUGACUCUGGGUUGAGUCACAAAGAAGAAUCACUAGAAAAGCUACCUAGCUACCUAAAAGGCUAAUGAUUAAAAAGCUUGUGCCUAACUAGCAUGCUACAUAGCCUGAAGGACAGACAACGUAGCUGACUUCAUGCUACGUUUUAACACGCGUAUUUUAAAUGUUCCGUUUGCAAGUAUCGUGCAGCGGUGGCAACGUUUUACACUUUCGCCGUAGCAUUUUUACAAUUUUCGACGCCUGGAAAAAAGAUGAACAUUUUUCCUUAUUAACUUGCGCUUACAUUGACGUUUUGCCUCGCUGUUUUCAAACCGUUUCAAAACUGAAAAGCGAAAUGUAAUAUUUUAAUAUAUUUGAAAAAAAAUUUUUUUCCCUGCUAGGAUUUUCUUAUGAGCAAAUCGAGGCCUCUGCAUUACGCUAAAAACCAAGCGACGUUUCCAGUGAGACAACACUGUGUGGAAAAACGACUCUCGGGAUCGUUUCUCAAAAUGGCCGACGUUCUAGCAAGGGGUAAAUUGUAUCGCUACAACCAGACGUCGGUUCUAGGUUUAUUUAUGUAGCUACGAGAGCAUGCGGAGGUGAUAUUUGUCUUCUGUGAUGGUUGAUGUUCUCGUCUUCUUCUCUCUAAACAUCAACGUGGAUAGAAAUGUCGACAAAACAAACAACCAGGAUUGUUGUCGUUUUCACUUUGGGGAAAAAAUGCAACCCAAUUGAGAUAUAUAUAUAUAUAUAUAUAUAUAUAUAUAUAUAUAUAUAUAUAUAUAUAUAUAUAUACAUAUAUAUAAUUUUUUUUACGAAAAGUUUUUUCGUAGCGACCUGCGCCGAUUCCGUCGUCUCGUCUCCGUGAUGAAGUGCAACUCCGUAGACAGUGUUUUAGGGACAGUCUGUGUGGAAGCAACGGAUGCCUGCGCGUUACGCCACGUUGUGGUACUGUAUUCAUCGUAGUUGCUCUGUGCAUGUCUAGCUAGCUAGCUAGUUAGGCUCCUUCCUGUAUUCGCUGUGCUUGUGGCGUCGGUGAUAUGUUCAGUGCCCUUCGCUUGCUCUGUGAUCCGAACAUUCGCGUUUUUUUUUUUUUAGCGAUUCACGUGUUCUUAUUUAUUGCCGAGUAUUUAUUCACGUCCACCGUCACACGAUCACGUGCACUACUGUACUCUACGUCCGUAGCACAUCGAUGUUAUCGGAUCAUUAUAUUGAAGUCUACUGUACACUCCGACACACACACGAAAAAAAAAAAAUGUAAAAAGAAAAAAAUAAUUCCUUAAUAUUAAUGUUUUAUUCCGUGUCUUCGAGACUACCUUUUUAUUAACUAUAACGGAUUAUUUAAUAAUGUUUGUUUGUGCUAACUUAUUUGAUCAAAUCGUCGGACACAAUAACGUGCGAUCCAGUCAUGUAUAUUUGGGACGUGAACGAUGGUUGAAGGAAAAUAAAAAUAAAAAGAUCAAAAUAACGUUAGGACGAGUGUCCCAGAGUCCGUGAAGGAACGUUCCAGACAACAUUUACACCGUCACGUGAUCCCUUUAACGCUCCGCUAUAGCUGGAGUUUGUGCUCAGUACUGUGUCCUCCUCUUGCUGUGCAACGUGUGUUGUUUAUUUGCCCCGUUUUUGUUUUUCCUCGUUGUACGAAGUUGUAUUUAUUUCUAUUUUUCUAGCUUGGAUUGUAUUUUUCUAUUUCACUUAUUCGUCACAUCCCCCCCCCCCCCCCCCCCAUUUAUUUAUGAUUCAGCAGGGUUUUUGGUGGAAAUAUUUUAAAAAAGAAAAAACAAGCUAACUCAACCCACCCAGUUGCAAUUAUGUGUAUAGUUAUAGAUUAAUUAACAUAUAGUUGCUUUUGAACGUUUUAACGUGAUUAAAAACUUAAUAUAUUCAGUUAUUUUAUUAUUUGAAGGUUUUUAUUAUUAUUAUUAUUAUUAUUAUUAUUAUUAUUAUUAUUAAUUUCAUGGAAAACACUUGAGCCUCUCUGUCUCUCCCCCUCACUGACGUGCAGAAACUUGAACACACUUUGAAAGGCUGACUAACCUCGGAUCUGUGUCGUGUCGUGCAAUACUGUUUCUAACGUUUGUAUAAAAAGAAUAGUGAGAAUUACAGUGUAUACCUUUUUAACGCAGAUUUAUUUUUGUCAUUGCCUAUUUUGCAGAGUUCCGAUUCACGGUUGUCAUUUUUUUACGGUCGGAAAAAAGAUGAAACCCCUUUUUUUCAUUGCGACUAUUUUUAAUAACCCAGAUCUCUUUGUACUGAUGUAAAUGAUUGUAGUUUAUUUUGGAUAGCGUUUUUUGCUAAGAAAAAAAAAACAAAAUCAAAAGGAGACUUUUUUCAUGCAUUUCUAUUUCAUUUCAUCUUGUUUUACUCCUCUUUUUUUCACUUUAAUAGUGGCGAAAAUACUUGGAAUAAUUUUUCAUAUAUGUCAUUAACAUUAUUUUGUAUUUUUAUGUGGAAAUAUAUAAAUAUCUAAUUUUAUGAUGCUAAUUGCUAAGAUGUUAUUCAUUUGAAUUAUUUUUCAAGCUGAGAUCUUUGUAAUAUUGUUAAUGUUACUAGUUUCUAAAGCAGAGUCUGUGUACAGAUCUGCUCGAGCGGUUUAUGAAGUGUUCUGAUUGUAAUUAUUACUGAAUGGAUCUUUGAUAUGCAAAAUGAAUAUGAUGUUGAUUUUUAUUUUGAUUAUUAUUAUUUUAUUUAUUUUUAUUUUUUUGUAUUUAAAUGGGGUGUUGAUUACAAUCUUUAUUUCGUUUUUCAGUUUCAUGAAUAAAGAGCCGUUCUGUUCGGACACA